CGCAGUGGAUUCCUUCAAGUGCUUCUCUUGACGCGUUCACCUGCUUUAGAACAAUUUUAAUAUAAGAAUACUUUCCUGAAUUCACUCUUAUUUACUUUUAAUGUUAGCAUCAAUGGAUUCUCUGGACCUAGUGAGCCCUUGCUUGUUCAAGUAUCAAAAUAAGAACUUUCUGGUCAAGGACAAAUUGCGACCUGCGGACCUUGAUGCUUUGCAGCAUUUUGAAAUCCAUCCUACUGAUAUCUUCCUCGUCACGUACCCCAAGUCAGGCACAGCCUGGAUGCAGCAGAUCCUGGUUCAGAUCAUGGAUGCUGCAAACCCUGACUGGGCAGAAGAUGCUACCAACAGGACAACAGUUCCUUGGCUGGAGGAGAGAACUAUGGACAACCCUUCCAGAGAAAGGCCAGAUCCUCGAAUUUUUGGCUCGCAUCUUCCCCCCAACAUGUUACCUCUGGGAGUGAAAGCCAAACAAAUCAAGGUCGUGUAUGUUUGGAGGAACCCCAAGGAUAUCCUGGUGUCGUUCUAUCACUUUGCCCACAGUUGGGUGUUACUGGACAUCCCUCAGAGCUUUGAGGAUUUCUUUCAGCAGUUCCUGGAUGGUAAUGUUUACAUGGGAUCCUGGUUUGAUCACGUCCAAGAGUAUCAGAACGCACGAGACCAACUGAACAUCCAUUUUGUGCAAUAUGAGAACAUGUUGAAGGACCUCAGAGGGGAAGUUGUGAAGCUUUGUGCUUUCCUGGAAAGAGAUUUGACAGAUGAAGUCAUUGAUCAUGUUGUGGAGACGUCCACCUUCAAAAGCAUGAAGACCAACCCCAAAGCCAACUACAAGGACUUGGUUGAAACCGGCCGCUACAGGACGGAAACCAUGCGUAAAGGUAAAGCAGGUGACUGGAAGAAUUUCUUCACGGUGGCCCAGAAUGAACAUUUUGACAACGUGUUCAAGGAGAAGAUGAGCAACUUGCCGCUGACCUGCAUCUGGGAGAUUAAAGAAUAGCUCCUCUUAAAAUCAGAUGUAACUGCAGCAUCUUCGUUUCCCUCUAUUUUCUUGUCACUGAAGAGUUUUGAGUUCAAAGAACUUGAAGAUGAAUAUAAGAAUUAUAUACGCAUGGUCAUUGUGUUGAUUCUACACCUCUCGUCUA